AUGCGCAUUGCGUUCACUUCCUUUGCGCGUGUGCGCCAGUUUGCUUCGGUUUUAGCAGCAGGGAAUUUGGCAGUUUACCGAAACAUUAUGGAAUUACCUCAUUCUCAUGAUGGCAAGAAACAUGUACCGAUUCCUUCGGGGAAGUAUGUUGUUGGCUGCACCGACAUAAUGACUGGUGGACCCAGCAAGGAAGAUGGUUGCUUUCUUCGAGUAUACUAUCCUAGUCAAAUAAAAGAUGUAUAUGAACAUUCUUCCCGUUGGGCAAGCUGGCUCCCCCACCAAAAAUACGUAGAAGGUUACACCAUAGUACUAGGAAUGAUUCCUUUCUUUGGCAAGAAGCUGAUAUCCUGGGCCUUUGGAAAUUCAUACAUCCCUGUAGUGGUAGAUGCUGAGCUAUGCAAUGAACAAAGAUUUCCUGUGAUUGUAUUUUCUCAUGGUCUUACUGCGUGCCGUACUGCCUACUCAACUUUCUGCUCAGACAUAUCAUCCCAUGGGUUUAUAGUGGCAGCUAUUGAACACAGGGAUGGCUCCGCUUGCAUGACUUAUAGUCUCGAAACGGAACAAAAUAGUAAAGGAGGUUUAGUCGAAAGCUGGAUCCCGUACAAACCCAUGCAAUUUGAAAAAGACGAUAUGCCAUUCAGACAAGAACAAUUGGAAAUUCGUACUCGUGAAUGUAGUCAAACUCUAGAUUUACUUCUUAAGCUCAACGACGGUGCUGAUAUCAAACAUGUUCUCCAAGCCACGGUGGAUCUGGGAAUGUUCAAAGGAGUGAUGGACUUGAGCAUGACUGUGAUUGCAGGCCAUUCUUUCGGCUCUGCAACGCUGUUACGCACAUUGGCCGCUGACAAACGCUUCAAAAUCGGAAUGGCCAUGGACGCCUGGAUGUGGCCUCUCAAAGACGAAAUCGAAUUGGCUAAAAGUGUCGAACAACCACUUUUGUUUAUCAACAUGGAAGCUUUUCAGACUGCCCCCAAUUUGAAAGCCAUGAAACGUUUUACGGUCGAUGCGGAUCACACUGAGCGACGCGUUGUCACUUUAAAGGGAAGCGUCCACAAAAACCAAGUCGACUUACCAUUUUUAUUGCCGUUGUACCUCCGGCGAUUGACUGGAUCUCACUCGGUCAUCGAUCCCCUGGUGGCCAUGGAAUUGAACAACCGCCUCACGCUGCUCUACCUUAGUAAACAUUUGGGCCAUCCGGUGGAUGAAGAUCAUUCGAAACUGGUGGAAAAGCACGCCGAAUGGUACUACGAAGGAAUUCCCUAGUCAAAUCACUCUCGGAGCCUCUGCAGCGACAUUGCUGUACACAGCGAAGCUUCUUUCUUACCUAGAUUAGAUGAAAAAUUGUUUUUUUUUUUCUCCUUCUGUCUUACAAUACUGGAAUGGCUUUUACAACUCA